CACAAGACGGUGCUCUUUCGGGGGAAACUUUUCGGGGAGGGGACGAGAGAGAACGGAGCCGCGAGCGCUUCCCGGUCUCCUGCUCUCUCCUCCGAGAGGGAACCCCAUCGUAGUUUCUAUCUCCUUCUCUAGUGUUUGUCGCACUCUCUCUCUCUAGCGUGGAGAGCGAGGGAGGCUUUCGUCGGCGACAUCCAAGGCCCGGAGAGCGAGGGAGGCUUUCUGCUUGAUAGAAGAAGAAGGAAGCUCCCAUUGCUUGUUCGAAAUGAUUCAAACCAAACAUCCUUUUGGUGGGGUACUAAAGGAUUUCAAAGGUAGAGCUAAUUGCUACAAACAAGAUUGGGUGGGUGGAUUCCGUUCAGGCCUUAGGAUAUUGGCCCCAAGUUUGUUCAUCUUUUUUGCUUCAGCCAUUCCUGUUAUUGCUUUUGGGGAGCAACUGAGCAGAGAUACAGAUGGACAGCUAAGUGUUUUUGAGACCCUUGCUUCGACUUCUAUUUGUGGCAUCAUACACUCAUUAUUUGGGGGCCAACCCAUGCUGAUAUUAGGAGUGGCGGAACCCACUGUGAUAAUGUACUCAUACCUGUACCAUUUUGCUAAAAGGCAGGAAGUUCUUGGAAGCCAUCUGUUUUUAGCUUGGGUUGGCUGGGUCUGCGUCUGGACAGCUUGUAUGUUGUUCUUUCUUGCUAUUUUUAAUGCGUGUAACAUCAUUACGCGGUUUACAAGAAUUGCAGGCGAACUAUUUGGAAUGUUGAUUGCUGUUCUGUUCUUGCAAGAAGCCAUUAAGGGCAUAACCAGUGAAUUUACAAAGCCUAAUGGUGAGGACCAAAACGACCGGAGGUACCAGUCUGAGGGGCUAUACACAAACGGUUUGCUGGGGGUUAUUUUCUCACUUGGCGUGCUAUAUACUUCUAUGAAGAGCAGACGUGCAAGGUCAUGGCAAUACGGAACAGCCUGGUUUAGAAGCUUGAUUGCAGACUAUGGAGUACCUCUGACUGUAUUGGUUUGGACAGCAUUAUCUUAUGCUGUUCCAAAAGAUGUUGCUUCAGGAGUUCCCCGAAGGCUUUCUAGUUCACUCCCUUGGCAGGGUGAAUCUUCCCAUAAUUGGAAUGUAGCAAAGGAUAUGAUGCUUGUACCCCCGUUGUACAUUUUUGCUGCAAUAUUACCUGCUUUAAUGGUGACAGGACUUUACUUUUUUGACCAUAGCAUUGCUUCUCAAAUGGCUCAACAAAGGGAAUUUAAUCUCAAACACCCAUCUGCUUAUCAUUAUGACAUCUUUGUUCUUGGUGUCCUGGUUCUGGUUUGCGGUCUUCUAGGAAUCCCUCCAUCAAACGGGGUCUUGCCUCAGUCCCCUAUGCAUACAAAAAGUCUGGCAGUUCUCAAGAGGCAGUUGAUUCGCAAGAGGAUGAUUGAGACUGCAAAGGAAAGCUUACAAUUGCAGGCUAGCAAUUCUGAAAUAUAUGGAAAAAUGCAAGAAGUUUUCAUAGAAAUGGACAAGAGCAACAGUCCGCGAACAGUAGUGAAUGAAUUGAAGGAUUUGAAAGAAGCUGUCAUGAGUAGUGAAGAAUUAAAUGGUGAAUUUGAUCCUGAGAAGCACAUUGAUGCACACUUGCCUGUUCGGGUGAAUGAGCAGAGAGUUACCAACCUAUGCCAAUCCCUACUGGUUGGAGUCUGCCUUGGAGCUGUACCUCUGAUCAGAAAGAUUCCUACAUCAGUUCUGUGGGGCUUUUUUGCUUACAUGGCAGUAGAUAGCCUUCUUGGAAAUCAGUUCUGGGAAAGGAUUUUGCUUUUAUUCAUUUCUCCGCGAAGACGUUACAAAGUAUUGGAAGGAAUCCAUGCUUCAUUUGUGGAGUCUGUUCCUUUUAGGGUUAUAGCAGCCUUUACAAUUUUCCAAUUGGUUUUUCUCCUAAUAUGCUUCGGAGUUACUUGGAUUCCUAUUGGAGGAAUUCUCUUUCCACUGCCAUUUUACCUGUUAAUUAGCAUCAGAGAACACCUGCUUCCCAAAUUCUUUCACUCGCAGCAUUUGUGGGAACUCGAUGCAGCUGAGUAUGAAGAAAUUGCUGGAGUUCCUACUCAUGAUCACAAACUCUCAUUUGAGCAGCUUGACGGAACACCAGUGUCCACCGGCAGCAGCGAGGAAUGUCUGGGUGCUGAAAUAUUGGAUGAACUCACAACCAGCAGAGGGGAGCUUAAACUUAGGACAAGAAGCAUCAAUGAGGAGAGGUUUCUUCAGGCAAGUAUCUGCAUUCAUAGUUAUUUAGGUAGUUCAUGAGAAAAAUACGGAACAAAGAGGGUUUGUAAUAGUUGGAAGAUUAACAUAUGGCAUCUAUUCAUGGUUAUGAUCUUUACCUGAAUUUCACUUUUCUGAACAAAAUGAGCAGCUGUAUGCCAACCCUUCACAUUGCUAUUUUCACAUCUUUUGAAUUUAUUGGUGACCAAAUUUCUGA